UCAAAUAUGAGCGAUCUUGGGUGUACAGACAUGUUCAACACCGAUUCUUCUCGAGUAAUACGAGAUACUGGUUUUAGUGAAUUAUUACGGUCAGCGGAGCGAUUAUCUGCUGCUGUAGAAGGCAAUGAAGAACUUCCUCAAGUUGAAAGAAAUCUUCGUCAAAUUUUAGAAGCUUCCAAUGAACUCUGGUCUCGUGUCACACAGACCGGUACUCAAGACAAUCAAGUGCAAGCGCAUCUUUUACUUGGUUCACGUGGUGUUGAUUUACCUCAGAUCUCACAGAAGCUAAGUUCGCUUAGUGCAAGACGUACGUUUGAACCUUUAGAUCCUAUUGCAGAUACAGAUAUAGUUAGUUAUCUUAGAAAUGAGAAAGAAAAUGCUAUUUUAUCAAUUAUCGAACAAGUUCAUAAAGAUACAUUUGAACUUACUAGAGUUCAACAAAUGGAACAUAUGUUAGGUGAAUGGAAACAAAUGCGGUUUGAGAUAAUAAAUGCCAUGACAGCUCCAUCUGGGGAGCUUGUAGAUUUACGUGGUACACCACAACGUACUAAAUUAGCUGGUUCAAUGAUUACUGGUUUAUCUAGUGUAGAAGUAGCUUAUGUAAAAGAAUUACAAAAUUAUAAUGAUCAUAUACUUAGGGGUGUAGUGAAAUUAUAUGAUCAUAUAACUAGACCAAAUUUAUUUAAUGCCUUUUGUAAAGCUGCUGAGUCAUUUAAUGACAAAAAGAUUUUGGAUCUUUGGCAAAUGGUCAAAUGUAUGGUAGUUAUUGAGCCAGUUCCUAGAGAAGAUCAAAUCAAAUCAAGAAGUACACCUAUUGUUGAACAAAAAAUUGUGUUACAUGCAAAAAAUUAUUUAGAAGAUAGGUACAGGGAUUUUAUGACCUCAGUUAUUAGUGAAAACUUGGCUCAAGCUAAAAGGGGUGGCAUUCCAGGCACUAUACCAUUAGUUAAAAGUUUCGUUACCGUUAAAGUACAAAAUUUAAGAGAUUUAGAAGAUGUCAUGGUUGAGGGGAAACCAUUGUGGCCUUUAGUCUAUUAUUGUAUGAGAGUUGGUGAUUACAAAGCAGCAUUACAAUGCCUUAGUCAAUGUAAUACAGAGUUUCCAGAAUUUAGAGUUGCCUUGGAAGAAGCUUGUUGUGAUCUUCAAAACCAUCCUAGUAGUUCUGCAGAAUCAAAUUUAAAGUUGCAAUACAGAAAACAUGUUAGAUCAGUUACUGAUCCAUAUAAAAGAGUUGCAUAUUGUGCAUUAGUUCCUUGUGAACCAGAUGAUUUGCAUUCUGAUGUGAUUUGCACAGCUGAUGAUUAUUUGUGGUUAAAACUGUGUCAAGUUAGAGAUCAACCAGAUGCAGAAAAUAAAUUGACUUUGGAUUACUUACAAACUACGAUAUCAGAAAUAUAUGGAGAAUCAUAUUAUCAUGCACAUGAUCAACCAUUUGUUUAUUUUUCAAUGUUAUUUCUAACUGGUCAGUUUGAAGCUGCAAUCGAGUUUUUGGCAAGAGGUGCAGGUGCAAGGCAUUUACCACAUGCUGUGCAUUUAGCAGCUGCUAUGCAUGAACAUAAUUUAUUAGGAGUUAGUCAAAGUGUCCUAGCUCCUUUAAUAAGUGUUGAUCCUGCAGAUAAACCACCUGCAAAAAGAUUAAACUUUGCCAGAUUAAUAUUAUUAUAUGUCAAACAUUUUGAUUCUACAGAUCCAAAGGAAUGUUUACACUAUUUAUUUUUAUUAAGAUCUAUGAAGGAUCCACAUGAUCGUAAUAUGUUUGUUGCAUCAGCUGCAGAAAUGGUAGUUGAUGCUUCUCCAGAAGUUAGAACUCGGUUAGUUGGAAAAAUAGAAAAAGAUCGUUGGAUUCCAGGAAUUUUAGAUCAAUUCCAGAUUAAUACAGAAGAUGUUAUAAAUAUAAGUGCAGAUACUUUAUAUAGAAAGGGUCUUUUGGAAGAUGCGGUAACAAUGUAUGAUCUCGCUGGUAAUCACGAGAAAGUUCUUAGUUUAAUGUGUACACUCUUGGCGCAAGUUGUUAAUCGAAAGGUUUCACCGGGAUCACUCAGAUCUCGAUUGCAAGUGUCUGCUACUGAGAUAAGCACGAGAUAUCAAAAUAUUGAGAUACAAGCACCAUCUGAAUUAGUAUCUGCAUUUUACACUUUAAGGCAUCUCAUGGUGUUUUUCGAUCAGUUUCAUAAUGAACAAUAUCAAAGUGCACUUAGGACUAUUGCGGAAUCAAAAUUAUUACCAUUGCAUAUAAAAGAAGUAGAUGAAAGGGUAAACGCGUUACGGCGAGUUCCACCCGAAGUUGCUAGUACAUUAGCUGACGUUCUUUUAGCUACAAUGACAAUAUUGUAUCGUCAGUAUCAGAAGUUACGAUCGAUGGAGCCCGGUGAUGAAGAAGCAAGGAAACAGCAACUUCUUGAUCUUCGGGAACAAGCGCGAGCGUUAACUAGUUUCGCAGGAACGCUUCCAUAUCGCAUGCCAAACGAAACAAAUAGCAAACUUGUACAAAUGGAAAUCCUUAUGUGCUGAAUCAAACGUAUUACGUUUCUUAUUUUAUUUUUAAUAUAAUAUUUUAAGCGAUACAACAGGUAUAUUUGUGCGAAUUCUAAAUUCGUGAAGCACAGAGACAGUUACUGUUUACAA